AUGUAAUUAUUUUAUUACGAUGUUCUAAAAAUCCUGUCAUAUCUCGCAUCUAAAAAUGUAAUAACAUAGAGUUAAAAGGAAGAAAUAAAAAGUAAUUAAAUUAAAAACAUUAUUAGAUGUAGUUCUUAAGCAUGAUUCUGAAUUUAUAUAAAAACUUCAUACUAUUUACUUUUCUGAAAACUUUAAUAAAGAGAAAUUCAUGAGUGAUGAAAUUAUAAGAUUUGCAAAGUCUUUCAAAACAAUAAAAAGAGACAAUCAUAAACAUACAUAAAUGAAAAUCAUUACUGAGGAAACGGAGGAAAUAGAAGAAGAAUUAAUCAAAACUUCAUAAAAAAAUAAUAGGAUAGAGCAAGAACUUUUUUGA